AUGUGCGCACGGUCGGUCUAGCUCACGCUCUCGCUGCCGCUCCUCCUCUGGUCGUCGUAGCCCGAACCUGCAUUCUGAAGAAUGGCUCCAAUUUCCCGUUCGAUGUCUUCCAGGGCGCGUAAUCGCUCGUUCGCCAAGCUGUAGGUAGCCAUCGUUACUCCGGGAUUCUCUCCUUUUGCGAAAUGCUGCGGAAAAGUGCCCGGAAAUGGCUGUCGGUUUGCGCCCGCGCAGAGCGCGCCCCUUAGCUAACACUACAGUUCCCGGAAUGCUCAGCACCGUCUCGCCUUCUCGGUUCACCUGGUGAACUACAACUCCCAGGGUCUCCUGCGCAUGCCCAGGUCUGCGCCACCACCGCGUGACCACCUGUGAACCUUUCAGCUGUUGGCGCGUUGGUGGGUCUCAGUAAUGCACGUCUUGGUUCUAUCAAAACUCGGUUUGAGGGCCUGUGUCUGCUGUCCCUGCUAGUGGGGGAGAGCCCCACAGAGAUGUUCCAGCAGCACUGUGUGUCCUGGCUUCGGAGCAUUCAGCAGGUCUUGCAGGUGAGGUUGGGAGCAUGGGGUGUUGUUGCUCUUUAGUCCCAGGACCCGCCCCCCACGAUGGAGCUGGCCGUGGCUGUGCUGGGGGACCUGCUCCGCUACGCGGCCCAGCUCCCCACACUCUUCCGGGACAUCUCCAUGAACCACCUUCCUGGCCUUCUCACCUCCCUGCUGGGCCUCAGACCGGAGAGUGAGCUCUCAGCACUGGAAGGAAUGAAGGCUUGUAUGACCUAUUUUCCUCGGGCGUGUGGGUCUCUCAAAGGCAAGCUGGCCUCAUUUUUCCUGUCUCGGGUGGAUGCCUUGAGCCCUCAGCUCCAGCAGUUGGCCUGUGAGUGUUACUCCCGGCUGCCCUCUCUAGGGGCUGGCUUCUCCCAGGGCCUGAAGCACACGGACAGCUGGGAGCAGGAGCUGCACAGCCUGCUGACCUCUCUGCACAGCCUGCUUGGGGCCCUGUAUGCGGGGGCGGACACGGCUCCUAUGCAGUACGAAGGCCCUGGGGUGGAGACGCUGCUCUCCCCCUCAGAAGAUGGCGAUGCCCAUGUCCUUCUCCGGCUUUGGCAGAGGUUUUCCGGGCUGGCCCGCUGCCUGGGGCUCAUGCUCAGCUCCGAGUUCGGGGCUCCCGUGUCCGUCCCCGUGCAGGAAAUCCUGGAUCUUAUCUGCCGGACCCUCAGCGUCAGUGCCAAGAACAUCAGUUUGCUUGGGGACGGUCCCCUGCGGUUGCUGCUGCUGCCCUCCCUCCACCUGGAAGCCUUGGACCUGCUCUCUGCACUCAUCCUCGCGUGUAGAGGCCGGCUCUUGCGCUUUGGGGCCCUGAUCAGCCGCCUGCUUCCCCAGGUUCUCAAUGCCUGGAGCAUUGGGAGGGACAGCCUCUCUCCAGGCCAGGAGAGGCCUUACAGCACUAUGCGGACCAAGGUGUACACUGUCCUGGAGCUGUGGGUGCAGGUGUGUGGGGCCUCGGCAGGAGUGCUUCAGGGGGGAGCCUCGGGUGAGGCCCUGCUCACCCACCUGCUCAGUGACAUCUCCCCGCCGGCUGAUGCCCUCAAACUGCGCAGUCCCCGGGGGAGCCCUGAUGGGGGUUUGCAGACCGGGAAGCCCAGCGCCCCCAAGAAGCUAAAGCUGGACAUGGGGGAGGCUCUGGCCCCGCCCAGCCACCGGAAAGGGGACAGCAAUGCCAACAGUGACGUGUGUGCAGCUGCGCUGAGAGGCCUCAGCCGGACCGUCCUCAUGUGCGGGCCUCUCAUCAAGGAGGAGACUCACAGGAGACUGCAUGAUCUGGUCCUCCCACUGGUCAUGGGCGUCCAGCAGGGCGAGGUCCUAGGCAGCUCCCCGUAUACCAGCUCGCGCUGCCGCCGGGAACUCUACCGCCUGCUGCUGGCUCUGCUGCUGGCGCCUUCUCCUCGCUGCCCGCCUCCUCUCGCCUGUGCCCUGCAGGCCUUCUCCCUGGGCCAGAGAGAAGACAGCCUUGAGGUAACUGCGGAGUGUGGCCAAAUCCACCUCGUGGGUUCCUGGAUUCUCGUUUCUGAUGCUGGUCGGCAUUCCCUCCCUGGUUUCGUGAAGGCCCAUAUCCCUGAUGCUUGCUUUCGCCCUUUUUUCCCUCCUCAGGUCUCUGCUUUCUGCUCAGAAGCACUGGUGACCUGUGCAGCUCUGACCCAUCCCCGGGUUCCUCCCCUGCAGACCAUGGGCCCUGCCUGCCCCACCCCUGCCCCAGUUCCCCCUCCUGAGGCUCCAUCUCCGUUCAGGGCUCCAGCUUUUCAUCCCCCAGGCCCCAUGCCCUCUGUGGGUCCCAUGCCCUCGGUGGGCCCCAUGCCCUCAGCAGGCCCCAUGCCUUCCCCAGGCCCUGUGCCCCCAGCGGGCCCCAUGCCCUCAGUGGGCCCCAUGCCCCCAGCACGCCCUGGACCUCCAGCCACAGCCAACCACUUAGGCCUCUCCGUCCCAGGCCUGGUGUCUGUAUCCCCCCGGCUCCUUCCUGGCCCUGAGAACCACCGGGCAGGCUCAAACGAGGAUGCUGUCCUUGCCCCUAGUGGCACUCCUCCACCUACUAUACCCCCAGAUGAGACUUUUGGGGGAAGGGUGCCCAGACCAGCCUUUGUCCACUAUGAUAAGGAGGAGGCGUCCGAUGUGGAGAUUUCCUUGGAAAGCGACUCUGAUGACAGUGUGGUGAUCGUGCCUGAGGGGCUGCCACCCCUGCCACCCCCACCCCCCUCGGGUACCACACCCCCGCCUGCAGCCCCGGUUGGGCCCCCAACAGCCUCCCCUCCUGUGCCAGCCAAGGAGGAGCCAGAAGAGCUGCCUGCGGCCCCGGGGCCUCUCCCUCCGCCGCCUCCCCCUCCUGUUCCUGGCCCUGUGGCACUCCCACCACCCCAGCUGGUCCCUGAAGGGACUCCCAGUGGCGGAGGACCCCCAGCCCUAGAAGAAGAUUUGACAGUUAUUAACAUCAACAGCAGUGAGGAGGAGGAGGACGACGACGAGGAAGACGAGGACGAGGAGGAUUUUGAGGAGGAGGAGGAGGAGGAGGAAGAGGAAGAGUAUUUUGAGGAGGAGGAAGAAGAGGAAGAAGAGUUUGAGGAGGAGUUUGAGGAAGAAGAAGGUGAGUUAGAGGAGGAAGAAGAGGACGAGGACGAGGAGGAAGAGGUGGAAGAGGUGGAGUUCGGCCCGGCGGGCGGGGAGGUGGAAGAAGGAGGGCCUGCACCCCCAAGCCUGCCUCCAGCUCUGCCCCCCGCCGCAUCCCCCAAGGUGCAGCCGCAGCCAGAACCGGAACCCGGGCUGCUGCUGGAAGUGGAGGAGCCGGGGGCUGAGGAGGGGCCUGGGGCCGAGACGGCCCCCACACUGGCCCCUGAGGUGCUCCCCUCCCAGGGGGAGGUGGAGAGGGAAGGGGGGAGCCCCCCUGCAGUGCCACCUCCUCAGGAGCUUGUUGAAGAGGAGCCCUCUGUGCCCCCAACCCUGCUGGAAGAGGGGGCUGAGGGUGGGGGUGACAAGGUACCAACCCCACCAGAGGCAUCUGCAGCAGAAGAGAUGGAGACAGAGGCAGAGGCAGCAGCUCUCCAGGAAAAGGAGCAGGAUGACACAGCUGCCAUGCUGGCUGACUUCAUUGAUUGCCCCCCUGAUGAUGAGAAGCCACCACCUGCCACAGAGCCUGAUUCCUAGCCCUCUCCCACACCUCUCACUCUUCGUUUCCAAUAAAGUUAUGUCCUUGGA